UUUUUUACGGGAAUUUAUAAUGUUAAAUAUUUAUUAAACAUUAGUACUAAGCACUAGUUAAAUACUUUUAUAAGAAGAUUCCAAAUAAAAUCUUUCCUUUUCGACCUGAAUAUCGGGCGCUAAGACAAAGUCAAAAAUGAGCGAUGAUGACAGAGAUAUCGACAUUGAAAGUGACGACGAUAAUGAUUCUGAUACGGGCACUAGUAUGCCUCAAAGGCAUAGUACACAAAAUUUCACACAAGAAGAAAAGCGGGCUCACCAUAAUGCAUUGGAACGCAAAAGACGUGACCACAUCAAAGAAAGCUUCACUAAUUUGCGAGAAGCAGUGCCAUCACUAAAAGGAGAAAAGGCGAGUCGAGCUCAGAUUUUAAAGAAAACUACCGAUUGCAUACAAAAUAUGAGACGAAAAAUUCAGGCUAAUCAAAAAGACGUGAAUGAUCUUAAACAUCAAAUUGCUAUUUUGGAAGAGGAGGUACACCUUUUGGAAUCUGCUAAGAAUGGAAACGAGAUUGAUGUUAGCAGUUACCAUCAACUAAUUAAUUGUGAUCAAUCGGAUGGUGAUGAACAAGACUUUAGUCGUCGCAGCAAAAAGAUGAAAACUUCCUACCAGAUGUAGUCAAUGACAAAGCGAGGCAUUUCAGCAUUGAAAC